AAGAUGAAUUACUAACAAUCACACAUCUCAGACACAUAUUCAUUAUGAGGAUUAUACUGAUCUGUGUGCUCUUGGGAGCUGCAGCUGCAUUUGAGGACGAUGAUAAGAUUGUAGGAGGUUCCACCUGCAGCAAGAACUCUGUCCCAUACAUUGCUUCUCUGAACAUUGGUUACCAUUUCUGUGGCGGCUCCCUGAUUAACAGCCAAUGGGUGGUGUCUGCUGCUCAUUGCUUUACAGGACGAACUAUUCAAGUCAGACUGGGAGAGCAUAACAUUGCUGUGAGUGAUGGCACCGAGCAAUUCAUCAACUCAGCAAAGACCUACAGACAUAGCAAGUACAACUCCAGAACCCUGGAUAAUGAUAUUAUGCUAAUCAAGCUUUCUUCUCCUGCAACGCUCAACUCUUACGUAAACACAGUACCUCUGCCUUCGAGCUGUGCGGCCACUGGCACCAACUGUCUGAUCUCUGGUUGGGGAAACACACUUAGCAGUGGCUCCAAUUACCCAGAUCUCCUUCAGUGCCUGAAUGCCCCCAUCCUGAGUGACACUGAUUGCAGCAAUGCCUACCCUGGAGAAAUCACCAAUAACAUGAUCUGUGUUGGUUUCAUUGAAGGCGGCAAGGAUUCCUGCCAGGGAGACUCUGGUGGCCCCGUGGUCUGUACAGGUGAGCUCCAAGGUAUUGUGUCCUGGGGAUAUGGUUGUGCCCUAACCAACUACCCUGGAGUCUAUACCAAGGUCUGCAACUACAAUGACUGGAUCGAGAGCACCAUCGCUUCAAACUAAAUUCAUUGUAUAAGAGAGUUUAAUAAAUUAAUUACCUUCUUAACUGGUGAA